AUGGCAUUGACACACGGCGCCCUCGGCUCAAUCAAUGCCUGUCUCGCUUCAGAUGCCGCCUUGAGCAGACUGACCCCACGCAACCGCAACAGGCAUUUCGGAACGUACAUGCUCACCCAAUGCCGAAGGCAGUCGCCCCAUUGUGCUGGCCUUGUUUGUGCAUCCUUUGGCUCCGAUGUUGGGGGAGGUCGCGAGCCGCGCCUGGUGGAGGGCCUGCCGUCCCCGGGCUAUCCCUACGAGCGCAGAGAGCUACUAUUGUUGUUUCCGUCGCUGGCUGGUACAAUAAACUAUGCAAACGGGCUUUUCCGUGGCCAUGUUGAGUCGACAGGCGGGCCUGCGGGAGCAUCUCCCUCGGUGCUCGGAACCUCGCCGAUGGGUUUCUAG